CCGGGCCGGGCCGGACGGAAGCGGAGAUGGACUUGGAGCCCGGGUCCCCCGCGCCGCCCUGCCCGUCGCCGGCCGCCUCGGCCGCCCUGAAGGAGGAGCUGCUGUGUGCCAUCUGCUACGACCCGUUCCGGGACGCCGUGACCCUGCGCUGCGGCCACAACUUCUGCCGCGGUUGCGUGAGCCGCUGCUGGGCGCUGCGGGGGCCUCCCGCCUGCCCCGUGUGCAAGGAGCGCGCCUCCCCGGCCGGCCUGCGCCCCAACCACACGCUCAACAACCUGGUGGACAAGCUGCUGAGCCAGGAGGCGGAGGGGGCGAGGAGGGCCGGGGCCGGGACCGGGGCCGGGACAGGGUCCCGCCGCCACUCCGGCCUCUGCCGCCUGCACCGAGCGCCGCUCAGCGUCUUCUGCCUGGACGACAAGGAGCUGCUGUGCUGCGCCUGCCAGGGGGAUCCGCGCCACCGGGGACACCGACUGCAGCCCGUGGAGGGCACGGCCAGAGACUACCGGGCCAAGUGCCGGAACAUGGAGCACUGCCUGAGGGAGAAGGUCAAAGAGUUCCGGACUGUCCGGCGCUCCUACGAGUCCAUCGUCAAGCACAACCAGGUGGAGGCAGCCUGGCUGGAGGACCGGAUCCGGCAGGAGUUUGAGAAGCUGCGGGAGUUCCUGGGGCUGGAGGAGCAGGCGGCGCUGGCAGCUGUGGCGGAGGAGAAGGCCCAGAAACAGCACCGGGCAGAGGAGAAGAUCAAACAGCUGGAGGAGGAGGCCGAGGCCGUGGCCCUGGAGAUCAAGCGGCUGCAGGCAGAGAUGGGGGAAGAUGAUGUCUCGUUCCUCAUGAAACACAAGAGCCGCAAGCGCAGGCUCACCUGCACUGCGGAGCCCGAGCCCGUCCAGCCGGGCUUGCUCAUUGAUCUCAGCCAAGCCCUGGACUCACUGCAGUUCCGUGUCUGGAAAAAGAUGCUGAACAUCGUGGAAGCAGUCCCCUUCAGCUUUGACCCCAACACGGCCGGCGGUUGGCUGUCCGUGUCCGACAGCCUCACCGCUGUCACCAACCAGGGCUAUCGCGUGCCCGUCGAGAACCCGGAACGCUUCUCCUCCGCCCCAUGCCUGCUAGGCUCCCGUGUCCUUGCGCAUGGUGCCCACACCUGGGAAGUGGAGGUGGGCACCCUGCCCAGCUGGCGGGUGGGCGUGACGCGGGCCGUCCCAGGAGCCAGACCCCUGCAGAGCACCGCCCACGACGCCCGCGCUGGCUUCUGGUUUGUGGCACGGGCCCGAGGCCUGGAGGGAGACCAGCUGGUGGCAUCGGAGCCAGCGGCCGCCUCGCCGCUGUGCCUGCAGCUCCCUCGUCGCCUGCGCGUGGAGCUGGAGUGUGAGGAUGGGGAGCUGUCCUUCUAUGACGCCGAGCGCCGCCGCCACCUUUAUACCUUCCAUGCCAGCUUUGGGCCUGUCCGGCCCUACUUCUACCUAGGUGGCACCUGUGCCCUCGCCGCCCCUGAGCCCCUGCGCCUCUGCCCUCUGCGCAUCCAGGUCCGGGAGGAGCUGGAGGCCUGAUGGCCAGCGGGGAUGGGAGGGGGCUGGUAGGGGGCUCCCCAGCCCGGGCUGCUGCCACCUCAGGCUGGG